AUGUUCGGCCGGUUUGCUCGAUUUGGUUGUGGUCCGCUGGUUUCUCAACUCUCAAGUAUAAAAUUCAAGGGAAAUAUAUUUUCUGCUUCGACUGUUCUUGCAAGAGGCCCACCUGCCUGCAGCAACCAGCAUACAUUUGGCAGCUCAAUCAUCGCCAGAUGGACAUGCUAUGGAACGGAAUUUCAGCCCUCCACUAGAAAAAGAAAGCGAAAGCAUGGCUUUUUAAAGCGAAAAAGCACCAGGUCUGGCAUGAGGAUCCUCAGGCGGAGAAUGAACAAAGGCAGAAGAUAUCUUUCCCAUUAG